AGAUUAGUGAUCACUAAUCACCAGCUUGUUUGCUAUUGAGUAUUGACAAUAAUUUUCACGAAUCUAUGCCUACCUAUAUUGUUAUUGUAUAAUGUAAUGUUUAUUUUCGAUUUCGACUUCGUAUGCUUCAUAGUUCAUACCUUCUAUAUAGCUGUAGAUAUUAGUUGUAAUUUGUAGUCACUUGAGUAUUAAAAAUUGUUGACUUUUUAUCAAAGACUUAUAAUUGGUUGAUGAAUAAUUUUUAUUUUUCAAACCACGACCUUAGAUUAUAAAUUUAUAUCUCGACUAAUUAAUACCUGAAAAAGUCAAUUGAUUUUUGUAUUUUAAGUUAAAAGCAUUCCAUUUCCAGUUAUUACACCUAUAAUUAUGACGAACUUCAACUCUCACAAUAGAAUUAAUUCAAAAAAAGUCUGUACAAAAUUAUAUCUAUUUGUAGUUGUUUCUUCUUUUCUCAGUAGAGAAGUUUACUCUGAAUGGAACACUAGAGAUUAUAUGAAACGUGAACAUUCACUGUUGAAACCAUACCAAGGGUCUGGCAUAACAGUACCAAACUGGGACUUUAUGGGUUCUACUAUAGUGACAGAUAAAUAUGUGCGAUUAACACCAGACUUACAAAGCAAGUCUGGUUCAAUAUGGAACUCUAUACCUUGUUAUAUUAAUAAUUGGGAAUUACAAGUACAAUUCAAAAUCCAUGGAAAAGGAAAGGACAGUCUUCACGGCGAUGGCAUGGCUAUUUGGUACACCCGAGAAAGAAUGAAACAUGGACCAGUUUUUGGCAAUAAAGAUUUAUUUGAAGGGCUCGCUGUUAUUGUCGACACAUAUAGUAAUCAUAAUGGAGAACAUAAUCACCAGCAUCCUUAUAUUUCAUCCAUGAUUAACAAUGGAUCUUUGCAUUAUGAUCAUGAUCGCGAUGGCACCCAUACAGAAUUGGCAGGAUGCGAAGUUAAAGUCAGGAAUUUACCAACUGAAACUCAUGUUUUAAUAAGAUAUACUGGAAAUACUCUAACUGUAAUGACAGACUUAGAAGAUAAAGCUGUAUGGAAACCUUGUUUUUCUGUUGAUGGCGUUGAACUUCCGACUGGUUACUAUUUUGGAUUUUCUGCAGCAACAGGAGACCUGUCAGAUAAUCAUGAAAUUUUAGCUGUUCGUCUAUAUGAAGUAGAUUCUGAUGACCCUAAUGAAGCUCUUAAGGAUCGUUCCAAUAUAAUUCCAAGUGCUAAAAUAUCUAGUCCACCAAGAGAACAUGUUGAAGAUACAAAGAGUCCAAGUUGGAGUGGUUUAAAAAUAUUUUUUAUUGUCUUAUUCGUUAUUAUUUUAAUUGCUGCUUUAAUUGUUGGCGGUGUUUGGUAUUGGGAGUAUCAACAAACUCAAUCACAUAAAACUUUUUACUAAAAAAACUAAUUAAAUUGUAAAUUUAAACAAAAGAAAAUUAUUUAUUUAAAUUUUAACAAUGCCAUA